UUCUGUUUUGCACUGACACCGAUUUCAGAGCACUUGGACAGCUUCUGGCCGAGGGGACAGCAUCCAAGUUGGAGCAAUCUGCAGGCUGGGAGAAAAGAAGAAGGCCUUGAUUUCUGACUGGCUCUGACUGCACCCAAGUGUGCAGAGGCAGGUGAGAGGCAGGAGAUCACCUGGGCACAGCGUCAUGGGGGUCACCGAUGAGGCCGUGGUGGAGAUGCCAGCUCUGGGCCGGCCCUUCCAGGUGGGGAUGCUGUACGACUGCCGCAGGGACCUCCUCGUCCCAGGGGUCACAUUGUGGCGUCCGGAAGAAUUGAAAAAGGAUUUAAAUGUGAGGCCACAGCCCAAGACAGAUUUUGAGAUCAUUGCGUCUGACACCAUUGAGGACAAAGCCUCAGCCCUGGGCGUCUCAGCCGAACUGAAGGCCAGUUUCAUUGGGGGGCUGGUGGAAGUUGGUGGUUCUGCAAAAUACUUUAAGGACACCAAGAAAUCCAAGCAGCAGGCCAGGACAACACUUCAGUACUCAACUACGACUCGGUACGAGCAACUGAGCAUGAGCCACUUAGGACCAGAGAACGUCUCCUACCGUACAGUGUUUGACCAAGGCACGGCCACCCACGUGGUCACCGCUGUGCUGUACGGGGCUCAGGCCUUCUUUGUGUUUGACAAGCAAGUGUCUUCAUCUGAGGACAUCCAGGAGAUACAGGGAGAGCUCCAGGUUAUGAUCAAAAAGAUACCACUGGUCUCCAUAGAAGGGAAAGGGUCCCUCAAAAUGGAUGACAAAGAGAAAGCCCGGGCUGACCAAUUCAGCUGCAAGUUUCAUGGUGAUUUUGCUCUUGAGAGCAAUCCGGUGACUUACGAGGAUGCCAUGAAAAUUUAUGCCACGCUCCCCAAGCUGCUGGGUGAAAAUGGGGAGAAGGCCGUGCCCGUGAGAGUUUGGCUGUACCCGCUGACCAAGCUGGACUCCAAAGCUGCUCAGCUGGUCCGUGAAAUCAGUCUUCAACUGAUCUUUGAUGCCCAAGAGGCCCUGGAGCAACUGGCAGAAGUAGACAUGCGCUGCAAUGACCUGGUGAGCAACCGGAUUGCCACGACCUUCCCUGAGAUCAAGACAAAACUGCAGCAAUUCAAAACCAUGUGCAAGCAGCACAGGCAGAUUUUCCAGAAAGAGCUGGCAGGAAUCUUGCCCUCCAUCCGUGCAGGGGGGAAAGAGGAGCAGGCCCUGGCGGACAUUUUAGUUGGCAUGCAGCAGUCCCCAUUCAAUACACAGCAACUCAAUGCAUUCCUGGAUAUGAAGGAGCAAGAGAUGAUUUAUGUGAACUCCUUCCUCAUGGACCGCAGCGAUAUCAAACUUACGCCCUCUCAGAGUCAGCUGCAGCGUGUUGUCCUGGAUCGCAAGUUGGACUUUGUCCUCUCCUUUACGUUCACCUCGUUAUGGAAUAAGGAGCCAUACUUAGAUAAUUUAAAGCUCUGGCUUCAGAACCAACAUAUGAAGAAACCGGACGACGCAGCCCUGGCCGGGUCUGUCAGUGGGCAAGCCACAUCCAAGCUGUGGUUUCAGCAGAAAGAUAUUCACACAAAAGCAUGGAAUUACUCCAUCUCCUUCCUGAAAUUUGCCACAGCCAAUGCAUCCGGAAAGAUCGGGUAUACUGUGACCUCUGCCUAUGAUGAGGAGCAUCCAGGUGUCACCAUCCAUCUGUAUGCGAAAGGCAUUGAGGUCAGCCCUUCUUUUGAGCCUCCUGUAGAACCUCUCUCUCUCCUGAUUGGCGAAAUCAAGCAUGACCGCAUGCAGCUCACCUUCAAGCCAGCAGCCUUCGGAGAGGCUUGGAUAACUGGCUAUCGAGUAGAGUACAAGAUGAAAACGGAGGAGGAGGAAAAGGGGGAGAAGAAGGAAACGGAGGAGAAGUGGGUGGGUGUGGAAACAGAAAGCAAACAAGAGAUGUUCACAUUAACAGGGCUUCGUCCAAACACCGAGUAUAUGUUCCGAUACGCGUCAGUGAGUGCUCCAGGUGUGAGCUUGACCUCAGAGAUGAAGGGGACGGUCAAGACACGCCCCGUUAGUGCUCCAGGGAUGCCUGUGCCCAUUGCUGUGGGUGUGACAACCAUUGCCCUCACCUGGGAAAGCCCAGAUAUCAUUGGCAAGGGCUCCAUUAUAAAGGAGUACAGGGUAGAAUACAAGGAAGCUGGAGACGGAGGUCCCAAGGGGAAGGACGAGUGGCUGGUACGUCGGACGGGGAGAGCGCAGUUCUGUCACGUCGAUGGCCUGAGCCCACAGACACCUUACCGAUUCCAAGUGACUGCCGUGUGCAUGGACGGGGCAGAGAGUGCCCCUAGUGAGGAGACUCGUGUUUCAACAGUAAUGGCAGACAAAUCCAAGCAGUUCACACAGGAAUUGGUCAAGAAGAGCACCUUGGUGGAAGAAGGGCAUCCAUCACUUUAUGCCCUCCCCUUAGAGAAGGCAAAGGCGGCCCCAGAUGCACUGUACCGGAGGUACAGCCUGGGAAAAGCCAACCCUCAAGUCCCCAGCAAAGCUGUGGUGAUAGUAGGCAUUCCUGGGCUGGGGAAAGGCACUCUUAUCAACGCCAUGGUCAACUAUGCCCUGGGGGUGCAGUGGGAAGACACCUUCAGAUUCAAGCUGACCCAGGAAGCAGCAGAGGAACCCAGAUCGGAGAGCCCAGCCCUGGUGUCUGAUGUCUAUGAGAUCCAUUACAAUGAGACCUUCAAAAUCCCCUUCUCCCUCAUGCUUGUAGACAUCCCAGAGAUUGAGGAUGAGAACAGGUUCCAGAUGGCAAAACAUAUCCAAGCCGUGCUGGCUGCCUUGGGCCUCACUGGGGGCAAUAGUGCUCUCAUCUAUUUAGUCGGAGCCUCCCAACCUGAGGCUACGGUGGCUCAGUCUUAUGUGUUGGCUCGCAUUUCUCAUUCUUUCCCUGAGGAAUACAAGCUCCUGCUUCUAGUGGGUGCAGAUGGCCAAACGACUCCUUUCGUAGAAGACUUCAUCAAGGCCAACUUCCCCUUGACUUACUUCAAGUGCAAUACUUCAGCUCUGCUGGCCAAGAAUGCCAAUAACGAGAAGAACGUGCACAUUUUUAAUGAGAAGUCCUGGGGGGUAUACACUCACAGCAUGGAAACUUUGUUCUCAGAUUUCCAGUUCUUUAAGACCUAAACACACGCCCUUGGCAGAGCACCUUCUUGGAGAGAAAGCCAAGUGCAGUGGGUGCAGCUGCAGCCCCAAUCAGAGCCCAAUGGAUGACGCUUCUGCUAGCCAAUGCCCUACGUGCACAUUCUUCAAGUCAACUUCCCUGCUCUUAGCCAAAGCUUUACUGCCUUGAUUAUUCAUUUGAAGCAUUCUUCAUUUAUAUUCUUACAUUUUAUAUUCAUACGCUUCUGAAAACCUCCCCCCUCUCGCACAAAGUUGUAUGUUUGCAGUCCGUGAUCCCAGAGUGCUCCGCACCUGUGCAUUUCUUAGAAGUUUCAACUGUUAUAGCCUCUCUACUAAUUGCAGGACACAUCCCAGAGUACAAGCGUUUCAUGGCCUUGUUACUGGAGCAGGCACAAGACAAGCUGAAGAGGAUGCUGUAAGUGUGCUGGUGUUUUUUUGCAUCCAGGAAGAGCACACACCAACUGCUGAAACUUCCUUAGCCUGAUGAAGGGUUUUUGAACCCAAAAGCU